GAACCUGUGACGCAAGGAUAGGAAUUCCCGAUGUUGUGCAAGGAAACUGUCGCUACGCUCUCCCUAAAUCUGCACAUGAUCGCCAGUUGCCAUAUGUACCCAUACUGCAAAUAUUGACCUUAUUAUUUCCUUCAGCACAGGACACUGGAUGACAUGGACUUCAUAUUUGAAAGUCCCCAGAAGAAGGAUGUGGACACUGAAGCUCUGAAGCUGGCCACACAGUCUCUACAAAAUCUUGAACAACUUCGACUGAAGGUGAAAAGUUCGCCAGUGCAAUACAGUGAUGGAGUUUCUGUGAAGAUCAGGUCAACUCUUGACGAGCUGCGUGACAUCAAAUCCGAGGUGGAGGGAAGCUGUGACAACUAUGUGGCGAUGUCCAUCCACGAACAUCCUCUACAGGACCUCCGACAGCUCACCUUGAUGCAUGUACCCAGCUCAUUGACCUCAGAGGUCAAGGACAAAUUCUGUGCUCUGUUGUCACAGGUGUUUGAAGGGCGGGCCAAGAAGAUGCUGUCAGCAGUGUUGUUGACGUGUCCGUGGUAUGCAGCGUCACAGCGGGAGCGAGGGGAACAGGCUCGACACAACAUCAUCCUGGUGGUGUACCUGGGGCAUGACGACCAGUUCUUCACACCGGCUAAUCCACACAAUCAGAUAGAAGGGAAGGUCAUCGACCUGGGCUGGUUACAGGGUGUGGAGUUAUCUCACUUCGGCCACUUUAUGGCCAAGGGUCGGACACGCUUUGUGGAGUCUGUGUUGAAUGACCCACAGGCCGUGCUGUACGCCAGUCCAGAGUGGACGGCGCUGACCACUACACUACAGCACACACAGGUCAUGGGUUGCCGGGGAUUUGUCGAAGCCUCUCGGGGGCAGGCGGUAGGUGGCAUCAGCAAGAAGAAGAAGACGGGCGGCCUGAAGUUGAAGGACACAACCACCUUCUUCCAGCUGUGUGAGUCGUGCAGACUCCUGCACCACCUUGAGAGGAUCCUAGCCGGUCGGUCCGUCUGUCGUCAGGUGGAGGAGGAGGACUUGUCUGACAUAGCCAGGAGAGCUCUGGACAUCCUCAAGUCAAUGUAUCAGGAAGGUGGGGGCACCAAACAUGAGUUUUUCCCCAUCCUCGUCAAAUGGAAGGAGGAGAUCGAUCCUCAACUCAAGUCUUUCCAGUUUACAAAGGCAGCAGAAUUGGAACAAAUCAUUGGGGGCUGGAUGGCUGAGACUAGGCUACAGGGGAGACAACUCAUUCCUCUCAAAUGUAUUGAGGACCAGCACUCCAGUCUGGUAAAGUUGAUGGACAUGAUCGGAGGACCAGAAAAGAUGGAGCCGAGCCAGAUACUCCUGGUGGCCCGGGCAGGAAGUUACAUGUAUGGGUUAUCUACCCCUGACAGUGAUGUCGACUACAUGGUGGUGUAUGCUGCACCAAACAUGAAAGUGUUAUCAGCAUGUAUCCAACUGACGGAGAGUGUGGAGAACAGAGGGCCGCAGAAGCAGUUCGAGUACGGAGCAUACGAGGCCCGGCUGUUCUGUGAGAUGGUGAUGAAAGCUAGUGUGGUUAUUCUGGAGCUGAUCUUCACAGACAGCCAUGAAUACAUGAGCCCAGCAUGGAAGGCCCUGUCAGACAAGAAGUCCCAGUUUGUGACAGAGAGAGGCAUCCAGCAGUACCUGGGCCUCAUCAAGAACAACUUCAAUCUCAUUGAGAGCCAGAAACACAUUGGGUCAGGCAGGGACAGGAAGCUGUUCUACCAGAUAUUCCACAAAGUGGACAGUGUGAACUACAUGGCGCGAGGGGACUGCCCCCCGGUCAGGUGCGAGGGGGAGGUGCGAGACUUCAUAAUGAGGGUCCGGACACAGCCACUGGAGGGUGACCUUGAACGAGAGACACUCCAUCAGUUGGCCAGAGCCAAGUUCAACACACUGGUGGGAGAUCUGUCCAGGAGGGAGAACAGACUGGCUGAAAACACUGACUACAGACUCAUGCUGAACUGGCUGAAGGCGGUCAGAGGUUUAGGCUCCUAGAAAAGAAGCUCAAACUCUUGCAACACUCAUGGAGAGGUUCCAGCAACACAGACUGCUGACAGAAGGUUGUGAGAGGUGGAGACAGACUAAUGCCCACUAGCUACAGGCCAGGUUGUGAGAGGUGGAGACAGACUAAUGCCCACUAGCUACAGGCCAGGUUGUGAGA